GUGAAAUCCUGCCAGGAUCCUGUGGAAAAUGAAGUAAUCCUACAGAGGAGUUGCAAAAGCUGCGUGAGAGUGUAGAACUUCUUGGAAUUAUGCACAACUACACCUGAAAAAAGGGUGUACUCUUCUGUCUACUGAGUCCAUAGCGUGUAGAAUAAUGCAGAUAUCGAUCCAACAAAUUGCCAUAGCCAGUCGCCUUGCCCUCAUCAACAUUCAAUUUCUCUCAAAUCUCAUCUUUCCGGAUCACAAUGCCGGUGUCUUCGAGUCACCCGUGGCUCCGGAGCAGGCUGGACAGCUCGACUGGCUCGUGGAGAGCUUCCUGGGUGGCUUUCGGCGCUGGGAUGGCCAGUAUUUUCUGCACAUUGCAGAGUACGGAUACACUUAUGAGAACACCCUGGCCUUCUUCCCACUCUUCCCGCUCUGCAUUCGCGCCAUUGCCCACUGCCUGCUGUACCUGCUGCCCGUCCUCUCCCUGCGCAGCACUCUCCUCCUGGUGGCGGUGUGUCUGAAUGUGUUCUUCUUCAUGAAGGCCGUCCAGAGUCUGUACGACUUGAGCUGUCGCGUGUUGGGCCAGAAGAGUCGCGCCAAGAUUGUGGUCUUUCUUUUCUGCUUCAAUCCCGCCUCGGUCUUCUUCAGUGCCCCCUACACCGAGAGCCUCUUCGCGUGGCUGACGUUCACCGUGAUGAACCAGUGCGUGCAGGACAUCUCCGUGUCCAUCGCGUUCCCACUGAGCCUCAGCAUUCUCUGUCGCUCGAAUGGGCUGCUCAACAUCGGCUUCCUCUGCUACUUCGCCCUGCGCCGCAUCAUCCGAGAUUUGUCCGUGAGGACAUUCCUGGGCGUGGUACUGAAAUCGGCUGUGAUAUCCUUCUUCGUCGUGUUCCACUUUGGACUGCUGCAGGCCUACCAUUUCUACCUCUUCUGCCACCAGCUCAACAUCAAGUUCCCCGCGCACGUUGUCUCGCACGCGCAGGCGAUGAACUUCACGCUGGCGGGCAACAAGACGGACCUGUCGUCGCCCUGGUGCGCGCAGAAGAUCCCCAUGGCGUACAGCUUUGUGCAGAGUCACUACUGGGACGUGGGCUUCCUGCGCUACUACGAGCUGAAGCAACUGCCCAACUUCCUCCUCGCCAUGCCCGUGGUCAUCGUCAUCUGCAGCAAAUUCCUGCACUACGUGCGUCACCAUCGAAGCUACGCCACUCGACUGGGAAUCUUCGUCUCUGACGCACUGCUAAAGACAAUGCGUCGCACGGACGUGGAGAUCUUCGUCUUUGUCAUGCACGCAACGCUGCUAACACUCUUCUGCGUCCUCUUCAUCCACGUGCAAGUCACCACGCGCAUGCUGGCCUCGGCCAGUCCCAUUCUCUACUGGACAGUGGCGGAAACCUUCCGCUACGUGCGCUCGACGACGCCUCAAGACGUGGCGCGGCAAAGUAUUCACAGUAAAUUGUCCGGCAGCGUUCACAACAUUGACGAGGAGACGGAUAUGAUUGAUCUCGCCUUCCUGGAGCACUGCUGGUCAGAAGAGUCAAAUGUCAGUGGACGAUAUCUAGUCGUGUGGUUCUUUUUCUACUUCUACGCCGGCACAAUUCUCUUCAGCAACAACUUCCCAUGGACUUGAAUUGUACCUUAAGCUUCAAUAAACUGCGAAAUGAC